AUCAGAAUUAAAUACUUUUUUUGCAUGAACAACUCGAAAACAGAGAGCAAAACAAUACGAGACGAGACGCUUGGCGUGAUGGCGCAACCAUCUUUCACCAAUUGUAAAACUUCUUCUGUUUCUAGAGAGAGAAACCUAUAGAUACAGUGUAUAUAUAUAUGUACAUAUAUAGAGAGACAAAGAGAGAACAUGAAAGUUUAGAGAGAGAAAAGAACAGAAGGCAAGGAAGUAGUGGUUUGCUUUUUGGUAAGGUAUCUUAUUCCAGAAUUGAAAACUGGGAGAUGAAUUUUCGGUGACCUUAAGAACAGGGUUUUGUAGAGAGAGAGAGAAAAAGAGAAGAAGAGAUGGGUUCAUGGCGGAAUUCAGCCACCUCAUCCAUGAAGCUUCUAUGGCUGAUUCUGCCGUUUAUGGUGGUUGCUGUGUUUAUUGGGGUUAAAAAGUCAAACUUGGCGGAUGGGUCAAAGUAUUACCCUUGGGUUUGGAGUUCUGUGAUUACUUCUUAUUCUACUUCUGCAAUUAAAGAUAACGAAGCGGUGGCAGCGGUGGGUUCUGUGUCAUUGGGGCAACGGCCAACGGUGGUCGAAGGUGGUGGUGAGGUGGCUGAAGGGCCAUCGGAAGAUUAUGUGUUUCAUCAGACUUCUAAUUCUUCUUAUCCACCGUUGGCUAUGGAAGAUGAAAUGGACGUUGAGUUGCCUGCUAUUGCCAAGGAAGAUGACAUGAAUGUGAUGAGUGGACCAGACAUUUUCGUGUCUGUUAAUCAAACUCAUGGAUUUCCUGUUGAUGCACAAAUCAAUAGGAAAUCCACGAGUUUGGAUAAACUCGAAGCUCGUCUCGGACGCGCUCGAGCAGCAAUCAAAGAAGCUGAAUCCGGGAAUAAAACUCAUGAUCCGGAUUAUGUCCCGGAUGGUCCUAUGUAUUGGAGUGCAGCUGCUUUUCAACGGAGUUAUUUGGAGAUGGAGAAGCAAUUCAAGGUGUUUGUGUAUGAAGAAGGAGAACCCCCGAUAUUUCAUGAUGGACCUUGCAAAAACAUAUAUGCAAUGGAAGGUAACUUUAUAUACCAAAUGGAAACCACUAAAUAUCGAACAAAAAACCCCGAAAAAGCACAUGUGUUUUUCCUCCCGAUGAGUGCAACGAUGAUGGUACACUAUAUAUUUGAGCGUAAUCCAAAUGUUGACCAUUGGCUUCCCAUGAAGCAAACGAUUAAAGAUUAUGUCGAUCUUGUGGGAUCCAAGUACCCUUUUUGGAAUCGCAGUUUAGGAGCCGAUCAUUUUACAGUUGCUUGCCACGAUUGGGGUCCGGAGUUGUCGAAAGCAGUUCCUUACCUUUUCAAGAACUCUAUUCGAGCUCUAUGCAAUGCGAAUAUAUCAGAAGGGUUUAAUCCUACGAAAGACGUGUCCAUCCCAGAGAUUUUACUCCCAGAUGGAACGACACAUGGGAUACUAAAUGGGCCAUCACCAAGGUACCGACCCGUUUUGGCAUUUUUUGCAGGUGGGGUACAUGGUCCUAUUAGGCCAAUACUUCUAGAGUAUUGGCAGGACAAAGACCCUGACCUGCAAGUCCACAAGUACCUUCCAAAGGGUGUUUCGUACAUGGCCAUGUUGCGACAAAGUAAAUAUUGCAUUUCCCCGAGUGGUUAUGAGGUGGCAAGCCCAAGAAUGGUGGAAGCACUUUAUACAGUUAUACUCACGGUUGAAGAUAUCCCGAACCUUAAAAAGAUCUUAACUGGUAUAUCUACAAGACAAUAUUUGAGAAUGCAGAUGAGAGGGAAACAAGUUAGACGGCAUUUUGAGGUUAAUUUUCCUCCAAAAAGGUAUGAUGUUUUUCAUAUGAUACUACAUUCGGUUUGGCUUCGUAGGCUUAACAUUCGAAUUCAAGGUGUGGCUGAUUCUUGA